UUAAUAUCUGGCUGACACCACCACCGCCGCCCCCUGCUGCCACGCCAUACCGUCCCGGCAUCGCAUCGGCUCGUGGGCUGCCGCAUCACCGAGCGGGGAGGGGCCCCGGUUUCCACUAUUGGCUGCAAGACUAUUGUAUUACCGAGAGCUUUACGGUAGGGCCACGGCCAGCGACGGUGUGCGCGAGCGGUUGUCUUCUCAUCUCCCUGGAGCGCAGAAUCUGCUGGGUUUCAACAUGAUUUUAAGGCGGCUUUAGCGAGUGUUUUUCCUUCUUUUUCUCCAGCAUACAACCUCUAAACCCUGUUUAAACCGAAAAAAAGAGAUGCGCCCAGAUAAACGCGGAUACAUUGUCCGGACGCCGCGAGAGGAGGAGAGGAGCAUGUAACCGGGAGAAACGCACCGGCGGCGGCUUCGGCGGCACCACCUGACACUUCUCUCUCGUGCUUGUUUCCUCAUAAUUUGAGGCUUCUCGGUUUGUUGACUGAACUCUUCUCGUUGUUUCGGAUAUUAUCUUCAGUAAAAUGAGCGAAGAAGUGUCAGAGGUCCCCAAAGAGCUCCUGGAGAGUGUGAGGGAUGCAGUGGGGAGGAAGGUGAAACUGUCGCUGAGGAGGCGAGUCAAACUGGAGAUCAAAGGAGACAAGACGGAGAACAGAGUCUUGGCACUUGCGUCUCACCGAGCCUACCUGCUGACUGCACGCAUUCCCACCAAGGUGGAACACUCCUUUAAUUAUCUGGAGAUCCAGGGGAUUGCUUGUAACAAGCCUACACAGCUGUUCAUAGAGUACGAGCGUGGCUCCUUCUCCCUGAAGCUGCUCUCUACAGAGGAGGUCAAUGACGUGGUCGCUCACAUAGGAAACUGUCUGCUGAGGAUAUGUCCCGGUCUACCACCUAGUAAAGUGAUGAAGAAGCUCUGCAUGGAGCCUCCAGACAGGCUCACCUCUCUGCAGACUCUGUGGGAGAACAACAAGCCUGCUGAGCCUGGACCCUGUGGUGGGUUUUCUCAGAUGUACAGAUGUGUUUGUGACUGGUUGGGGCUGCCUUACAAAGAAGAGGUGCAGUGGGAUGUAGACACCAUCUAUUUGACACAAGACACCAGAGAACUCAACCUGCAGGACUUCAGCCAUCUGGAGAACAGGGAUCUGGUGGCUAUAAUAGCUGUCCUGGAGUUUAACCAGUGGUUCACCAAGCUCUCCAGUAAGGACUAUAAACUGUCUGCAGAUGUGUGCGAGCAGAUUCUUCGGGUAGUGUCUCGCUCAAAUCGACUAGAAGAGUUGGUUUUGGACAACGCAGGACUCAAAACGGAUUUUGCCCAGAAGCUAGCUGCUGCCCUGGCCCACAACCCCAGCUCAGGACUCACCACCAUUAAUCUUGCCAACAAUCCACUGGAGGACAGAGGUAUCUCCUCCCUGGGUGCUCAGUUUGCCAAACUUCAUAUGGGGCUCAAGCAUUUAAACUUCUCCAAAACCUCAUUAUCACCCAAAGGGGUGAACAGCCUUUGUCAGUCAUUGAGUGCCAACCCGUCCAUCUCCAGCAGCCUGGUCCAUUUGGACCUCUCAGGGAAUGUCUUCCGAGGAGACGACAUGCAGCAUUUCUACCACUUCCUGGGUCAACGCAACAGCCUGGCAAACCUUGACCUCUCCAACACCGACUGCUCAUUGGACCAGGUUUGCUCAGCUCUGCUGCGAGGCUCGGUCGAAUACCUCUCUGUUCUUAACGUGUCAAAGAGCAUCUUCCCUCACAGGAAAGGCAAAGAGGUGCCUCCGUCGUUUAAGCACUUCUUCAGCAGCGCCAUGUCUCUGAGGUCCAUCAAUGUGUCAGGGACCAAGCUGCCGCCAGAGGCCCUCAAAGCUCUCCUGCUUGGCCUGGCCAGUAAUCUCAAUCUGAAGGAGGUGUCUCUCGACCUCAGCUGCUGUGAGUUGCGAUCAGGAGGUUCUCAGAUCCUUGAAGGUUGCAUUGCAGAGAUCCCAAACAUCUCCAGCCUAGACAUCUCUGACAACGGCCUGGACUCAGACCUGUCCACCCUGCUGGUGUGGUUGUCCAAGAACCGAUCCAUCAGACACCUGUCUCUGGGCAAGAACUUCAACAACAUCAAGUCCAAAAACCUUGCUCCAGUGUUGGACAGCCUGGUCCACAUGAUUCAGGAAGAAGAGUCGCCCCUCACCUCUCUGUCUCUAGCAGACUCCAGACUGAAGAGUGAUCUGACCAUCGUUUUGAACGCUCUCGGCAGCAACUCCUCGCUAACCAGGUUAGACAUCAGCGGGAACGCCAUGGGGGACAUGGGAGCCAAGAUGUUGGCCAAGGCGCUACAGAUCAACUCUAAACUCAGGACUGUGUUUUGGGAUAAGAACAACACCGGCCCUCAGGGUCUUCAGGAUGUAGCAGCCGCUUUGGAGAAGAACUUCACCAUUCGUUUCAUGCCCAUCCCCAUCAUCGAUGCCUCCCAGGCUCUGAAGGCCAGCCCUGAGAAGACAGAAGACGCCUUGCUAAAGAUUGAGAAUUAUCUGUACAGGAACCAUGAAACCAGAAAAUACCUACAGGAACAAGCCUAUCGGCUGCAGCAGGGCAUCGUGACCACAACCACACAACAGAUGAUUGACAGGAUUUGUGUGAAGGUGCAGGACCACCUGAACUCUCUGAGGAACUCUGAGACGGACGCCAUCUUGGAGGACGUCAGGUCAGCAGAGAACCUGAUCAAAGAUGCCAGGAACUCUAAAACGCUGCUCCCUAACCUCUACCACCUAGGAUCAGCUGCCAGAGAGGAGGUGAACAGCUCGUCAGCGGGACCCAUCCAGGAGAAACUGGAGUCUAUGGCUGGGGAGGUGACUACUGUCAUGGACCAACAACUACAGACUCUGUUGGAGUCGAUGGUGGAUGCAGCAGAGUCUCUGUGUCCCCAUGUGAUGAAGAGGAGUAGUCUUCGUCCAGAGCUAAUGAAGGCCAGUUCAGCCAAGAUGGUCGUACCCAAAAGCUUCGUCACCAAAACCCUCCUGGAGCAGUCUGGGGUGGAUAUUAUCAACAAGAUCAGUGAGGUGAAGCUGAGUCUAGCGUCCUUUCUGUCCGAUCGCAUUGUUGAUGAGAUUUUGGAGGCUCUUUCCACUUCGCAACACACUCUGGCAGAUCAUCUGGUGAGGCGAGGUCGCCCCUUGGUGCAGCAGGAGUCGGUGGAUCUGGACGUCCCAGAGGAGAAGAUUCCUAAACGGGCAUCGACCGAGCUCCUGGAGGCUGAGAGGCUGGAGGAUCUGGAGACAUGCAUGGUGACUCCUAAAUCCAAGAGGAAGAGCAUCCACAGCAGAAUGCUUCGGCCGGUGUCUCGUGCCUUUGAGAUGGAGUUUGACCUGGACAAGGCCCUGGAAGACGUCCCUGUCCAUGUGGAGGACCCUUCAUCUCAAACUCCACCUACUCCAUCUCAAGUCCUGCCCAAACUGGAGCACCGAGCACCAGGAGUGAUGGUGGAGCUGCCAUCUGAGGAGGAAAAAAAGCUGCAACACUUCACCAAACUGCGACCCCGCCGGAACAAGAAAACACAUUCCAGUAAAAUACCUCAAAUCAACAGUACUCCAUCUCAGGAUGGGGAGCAGAAUGGCCUCAUGGGAAGGGUGGAUGAGGGUGUGGACGAGUUUUUCUCUACAAAGGUCACCAAGAUGGAUUCCAAACGUUCCAAGAGUUCAGAAUCUCAGGAUGGAGAGAAGAAGAAGAGUAAAGGAGGAUUCCUAAACCUCAUCAAACGUUCUGCCAAAUCCGACAAAGCAGAUAAAUCUGACAAAUCAGAUAAACCCGAGAAAAAUCAGGCAACCCCUCCAGCUUCAGGUCCAUCCUCAGCCUCUGUAGCCUCGACGACGGCUUCCAUCCCCGAGGAGCCCUCCUCACCAAAGGUGGCAGUAAAGAGCCCAGCGCCUGAGCCAAAGUCCAGAGACGCCUCCAGCCGCUCGCAGCCCACAGACUACAGCAGCAGCUCAGACCGCUCAGAGGAGCUGAGGACGCCAGACUCUAUAGACGAGCCCUGGGAGAGUUCAGACGGCCGAGGAAGUCCUCAGGGAGGCAGGCGGUACCCGGGGUUGCAGAUGAUGGGGGGCAGUGGCCUUCUGGCAGAGAUGAAGGCAAAGCAGGAGAGGAGAGCACACAAGUCUUCCAGCCCUGACAAGCCUGACAGCAAUGCAACAGCCAAGCCCACCAUUCCAGAAAGUAGGUCUCCUAGUGGCUCAAUUCAUAAAUCCGACCCUUCAUCUGGUUCUCCAGAGAAGACCCCUCCUCGUGGCGAGACUAAGCCUGACCCAGCCCCUCGUCUAAGGGCUACAUCCUCCUCAAGUUCCCCUGGGGGACCCGUGAGUCCCAAACCACCGGUGCCACAGGGAGCGAAGCCUGCUCUGGCCGCCCGACCCACUAUCCCACUGAAGCCAAGGACCAGCAGUACCAGCAGGAGCAUAGAUGAGAGCUCAGAUUCCCCCAGCAGUGGCAGUGUGUCCCCUAAGGUCACAGUUCUUCCUCCCACGCUGAAGAGGACGGUGUCAGAGAAAGACAAAGAGGGCCAGACCGGUCUGCAGUCAGGAGGCUCUGCCAACAAAACCACUCAGGAUGUGAGGACAGGGUCUGUGUCAGACUCUGUUCAGAGACCCAGCCGUCUCCGCACCAACUCUGAGGACCAUGGCUCCUUUAAGACCAAGGGCCAAGCUCCAAACCCUGACAAGGCUGUGCGCAAGAAGUCCUCAGACUCUGUGGAGGAGGCAGACAAGGACUUUAUUUUAAUAUAAGUAGGAAGAAUUCACAGCAAAUAACUGUUGCUCACACCUUGACUUUAGUUAACAACUAAGGGGGAAUAAAAUCACUAUGUUUUCAUUUAUAUUAGAGGAUGUACCUGUACGUUCUGUCAGACCGCAAAGAGGACCUGCUGUAUCAGGUAAUACAAAGUUUCAAGUUAGUUUGGUUAUCUGUGAUGAAAAAUAUUGAUACUAACACUUGGGGGAAUAAAUCCUCAGUUUUUCAGCCGCAUUUCACCUAGUAAACCAAACUGUGCUAAGUCUCCUAAGAGCUUCCUUCUCUCUCACAAACAGCCUUUUCUCCUUUCAUUCCUACUCUCUGCUGUCAGGUAAAAGUCUCAUGGAAUUGAGGAAAUGGUUCCUGGGGUGAACAAGUGUAUUCUGCCAAUGAAUACAGAAACAUAAAUGGAGUUUGUAAACCACUUAAAAAAAAAAAAAGAGAUGAUUUCAGGAACCAGCCGAUUUUAUGUGCAAAAGACAGAGAGAGACUGUGAAAUUGAGUGUGCUACUAAUCUAAAGUCUUGUUGCUAUUUGUUGCAGUAGCUAGUCUCCCAGGGACCAAACACAUGUAACAGUAAUACCAGGAUCACUGUACUGUACAUACGACCAGACCAGGACCCAAUGGCAUUUUGUUCCUUCAAUAUAUUUGUAUAGAUUUUUCUAUAUGCUAUUUUCAGUAUGUGCAAGUUACCUUUCUUUGGACUUCAGAGGUGACUGAAUCCAUUAUGCAAUUCAUCUUUUUUUUUUCAGGUAAAUACAGGUUCAGCUGAGACUCUCAGUACACCAUGAAUCACAAAUACACAUCUGAUGUAGCUUGGUCACUCAGAGGAAACUGAACUAGUUAAAGACCUUAUCGAACAUCCCAACUGAACUCUUGUUUGUCUUGUGUCGGAGAGUUGGAGUGACCAUAUGAAGUGUUGCUUUGAGAGGACUGUGGUACACUUUAACUUCACUGUUGAAAACCAAUCAAUAAGGCUUCAGCACUGUUAACUAGCACUGUUCUCUGUGGGGAAAAAAAAACAUUUAUUUUAUGAUACCUUUUAAACUGCGCCUUUUUCCACAGUUUGAGGAAAGGCAGUAUGUGUCUGUCAUUAAAGUGCAAUACAGAGUGCCAUCAUAAACAUGUCUUUUGGUCAAACAUAUUGUCUAAACGGUGUGGUGUGCCAGUGUUUGUCACAGUCAUACACACUCUGAAUUGCUCUUAAAGACAGAUGGAUUCCACACUUCCGAUAAGACACUGACAUGCAUUAAUAUUCCCCUGGUGUGCUGAUGGUCCAAUGAAAGCAAAGAACUUACUCAAAAAGAAGGUUUUCAUACAUAAUCGACUUGAAGGCAACAUGGAAGCCACUGACGGUUUCUUCCCAUUUCAGUAGCUUUUUUGAUCAAUUUUUGACGAUAACCUCUUCAGUCUGAUCUUUGUGUGAAAGCGGGACACUGAGGGAACUCCAGCCUUUAAACGCUUCAGACUUGACCUUCAGGGCUUUUAAAUUCAGUUCACUUUCACUUCAUUCUCUUCAAAGAUAAUUAUUUGAAAUACAACCUAUAAAGAGUUGGCAUUUGUUAAAAGAAUAAUUGAUAAUGCAGUGUCUGAGGUGAAUGUGCACUCGACUGGGGGGAGCUGUAUGUUGACCACAUAGACCUCUUGGCUAUUCUGGUUGUAGCAUUUUCAGGAUCUGAAUGCUACAUAAAAACAAUAACAUCAUAGGUCUCAGGCUAAUUCCUCUUAUCCUUGUCAUUUAAGAGCAAGAAAUGCCUUUUUUACACUGCUGCGCAGUCAUCAAACAGGUACCCAAGAUGAACUUAAGUAAAAAAAAAAAAAAAAAGGGCAACUAAGAUUUUUGGGCAACUUGUACCUCUGUCUAAAAUCUGUCCCAUUAGCGCUGGAUUGUUUUCUUUGAUUUAAAAUCAUGCAGUUUUACUAAUUUUGGAUAUCCUAUAGGUUGGGACAGACAUUUAGCCUUUGCAUUAGAUUGUGCUGCACUCAUGUUAUAUUGGAGUUACUGUACAGUAAUUACCAGUUUAACGUUUAUCAACAUUCAAGUUGUAAUUAUGACCGGGAAACUUUGAUUUUUUUUAAG